GUGGCCAAACCACUUCAGAAUAUGAAAAAAUCUGAUCCUCUGCCAGAACCAACGCAAGAAAUAAUGCAGAGAAUUCCAUUUCCACAACGUCUCAAGAAGAAUAAACUUGAUAAGCAAUUUUCUAAAUUUCUUGAUGUGUUUAAAAAAUUGCAGAUUAACAUUCCUUUUGCAGAUGCUCUUGAACAAAUGCCAAGCUAUGUGAAAUUUUUGAAGGACAUCCUCUCAAACAAAAGAAAGCUAGAGGAAUAUGAGACUGUUGCUCUUACUGAGGAAUGCAGUGCCAUUUUACAGAAGAAACUGCCUCCUAAACUUAAGGAUCCAGGGAGUUUUACUAUACCAUGUUCCAUUGGAAAUUCUAUAUUUGAAAAAGCUUUAUGUGAUUUAGGUGCAAGUAUUAAUCUCAUGCCUUUAUCUAUUUUUAAGAAGCUUGGUUUAGGUGAAGCAAGGCCAACCACAGUAACACUACAGCUAGCUGACAGGUCAUUGAAGCAUCCAAGGGGAAUAAUUGAAGACGUACUGGUGAAAGUGGGCAAGUUCAUCUUUCCAGCAAACUUCAUCAUUCUGGAUAUGGAGGAGGAUAAUGAGAUUCCUAUCUUGCUUGGCCGGCCAUUCUUGGCCACUGGAGGUGCCUUAAUUGAUGUGAAGAAAGGGGAGCUGCGGUUAAGGGUGAAUGAAGAGGAGGUGAUUUUCAAUGUGUUCAAAGCCAUCAAACAGCCAGAUAUUGGGGAGAGUUGCUUCAGCAUUUAAGUGGUGGACUCUUUAAUUAAUGACAAAGUCAAGCUUCCAACUGACCCGUUGGAAGCA